CUUCACCUUGACCUUUCAUCAGCCUCAAAACUCCGCCGCAGAAAUCAUCACAGCACUUCUUUAUAAGAACACUGGCCUUCCCCAGCCAAUUGCCUUCUCUUUGCUUCGCAGUUCUUUUCCCCUUCGUCUCGAGCACUCCAAUCCGUCACAUUUCAUGAUUUCCCGUACUCCCCGAGCCGCGACACCUCGCGCGCGUGUUUCGUCCUGCUUAACCUCACAGCCCUCAUCCUCAUUUCCAUUUUCAUUUUCAUUUUCAUUGUCAUCGCGAAUCUCCACUUCAACCUCAUCUCUACCAAGGGGCACCAUUACCCCCGCCAUCCUAUCCCGUCAGCCUCCACUCCCAUCCCUCACCAUGUCUUGUUCCUUGUCUACGACCGCCCCCUCGUCCGCCUGCGCUUCACCAUCCUCCCCCCGCCGCUCCCCCCGCGGCUCCUCCCGUCUCACCCACGAAACCCUCCCGUCCUCCUCCAUCAAAGUCCUCCGCUCAGUCGACGCCCUCCGCGCCUGGCGCAACCCCCUCCGCCAAGACCACCGCACCGUGGCCCUCGUCCCGACCAUGGGCGCCUUACACCAAGGCCACCUCGCCCUGAUCCGCGCCGCCGCCGCCGAGUGCCACCACGUCGUCGUCUCCCUCUUCCUCAACCCGGCCCAGUUCGGCCGCAACGAGGACCUCUCCUCCUACCCGUCCACCUGGGACGCCGACGCCGCCCGCCUCGCCACCCUCGACCGCGCCCUCGCCGACGACGCCGCCAACCUGGGCCGCCUCUCCGCCGUCUUCGCCCCCUCCGUCCACGACAUGUACCCCGAGGGCUUCCCCGGCCAGGACGUCGCCUCCGACGGCAGCUUCGUCACCAUCACCCCGUUGGCCCGCCUCCUCGAGGGCGCCUCCCGCCCCACCUUCUUCCGCGGCGUCGCCACCGUCUGCACCAAGCUCUUCAACGCCGUCCAGCCCGACCGCGUCUACUUUGGCCAGAAGGACGCCCAGCAGGCCGUCCUCAUCCGCCGUCUCGUCCGCGACUUCCUCGUCCCCACCCACGUCGUCGUCGUCCCCACCGUGCGCGAACCCGACGGCCUCGCCCUCAGCUCCCGCAACGUCUACCUGGGCCCCCGCCGCAGGAACGUCGCCCCCGUGCUGCACCAUGCCCUCCGCGCCGCAGAACGCGCCUAUGAAACCCACGCCUCGCGCCACAGGGACGCCAUCCUGCGCCCCGCGAGGGACCACGCCUCCUCGGUCCUCGCUGCGCAGACCGCCCUCCCUCCGAGCCAGAGGGCCUUGUUCGAGGUGGAUUAUCUGUCCCUCUCGGACCCGGACACCAUGGAGGAGCUGGAGACGGUCGACCCGACAAGAGGCGCCAUCCUCAGCGGCGCCAUCAAGAUGUUGCCCGCCGAGGAUCCCCAGCCGGGAGAGGACCUCGGUCACAGCGGCGGGCCGGCCGUGAGGCUCAUCGAUAAUAUCAUCCUGAAGCCAGCCACAACCGCAUAAACCAUAAGAAUCAACCAAGCCCAUUCGAGAUGAUAGACAUCUUUGUCUUGAUAUGGAUGAGUACCUAAGAGUUGGAUGCAUUCGCAUUAUCAUAAUAUAGAGUCUAGACAUGUACGGAUAUUAUUACAUGACAAAAAAUAACAUAAACCCAAACCCAA